AUGCAUCUGGAGAAAUUUGUGCUGUUUUUGUCUACUUUCAUCGUAUGCACCCUUUCGUCACAGUUUCUUGACCAGGAAUGGAAAGCGUGGAAAUCUAAAUAUGAAAAGAAUUAUGGCAAUUUUCGCAAUGAGAUGUUCCGGAGGAAGGUUUGGGAAGAAACCUGGAAUAAAGUCCAAAAACACAAUGAGCUGGCUGACCAGGGUCUGUCCAGAUACAGAAUGGGCAUGAACAAGUUUGCGGAUAUGACACCAGAGGAACGUAGUUCCAGAAAAUGCUUUAUUGCAAAUACACAGUCAACACCCCAGAGCAAUGUACCUGUUCAGCCUUACUCCAAAAGUCAUGACAUACCAGAAUCGGUGGAUUGGAGGGAAUCAAAAUGUGUGGCCCCUGUCAAAAAUCAAGGGCUUUGUGGAUCCUGCUGGGCAUUUGCCGCCGUGGGUGUAUUUGAGACACAUCAUUGUCUGAAGACCAAAGAGUUGAUCGAAUUCAGUGAGCAGCAGCUUGUAGACUGUGAUGGCAGAAAUGACGGUUGUUGUGGAGGAUUUCCACAUGCAGCCAUGGCGUAUAUUUCACAUCACGGUAUGAUGAGUGCCAAAGAUUAUGAAUAUUCAGAGAAGAAAUCGAACUGUUUAUUCGUCCCUGACAAUGCAGUAUAUUUUAAUUUAACAAAAUAUUACACUCUGCCUGAGGAACACAAUAUGGCGAUAUCCGUGGCAACUAGUGGACCCAUAGCAGUUGGAAUUGAUGCAAGUGAGGACCUGAUGCAGUAUUGCGGUGGUAUCUUUGAAGGUGACUGUACUACAAGGCCAAACCACGCAGUCAUUAUUGUGGGGUAUGGUACAGAACAUGAUGCAAAGACUGAUGAAGAUAUAGAUUACUGGAUAGUAAGGAACAGCUGGGGCAAAGACUGGGGUGAAGAUGGUUAUGUGAAGAUGAGGCGUAAUGUGAACCUGUGUGGUAUAGAAACAGUUGCUUCCUCUGUGGACUUUGCACGCUAACUCCUCAGUGUCUGAAGAAUCAGCCUGAUCAGUUAGACAUGUCAUAAAGCAAAUCCUUAUACUCACAGCUACAGUACCUUCGACUGAAUCUCCUCUUGAGCUUAGCAAUAUAUAACUGCAUUGAUUGCGUUGUAAUUUGUAUAUGUGCUGGCUGUAAUGAAUAAAGAAAAGAUGCAUGAGAAA